AUGGGGUUGGCCGCUGCACAGGAGGCUGCCUUAGCCGGGGGCCAGGGCGCAGCCGGUGCGGGCGCAGCUGAUAGAAUGGGGGGACACCAGCAUCACCAGGGGGGCGCGGCCGCGAGAGGGGGGCCCAGCUCCCUCUUCUUGCUGUCCGAGGAGAACCCUAUACGAAGGUAUACGCGGUUCAUAAUCGAAUGGCCGCCGUUCGAGUACGCGGUGCUAAUGACAAUCAUCGCCAACUGCUUCGUACUCGCGCUGGAGGAGCAUCUGCCGUACUCGGACAAGACAGUACUCGCACAGAAACUGGAAAAGACAGAAGUAUACUUUUUAGGAAUUUUCUUCGUAGAAGCAUCUUUGAAAAUAUUAGCGUUAGGUUUUGUUUUACACAAGGGUUCAUAUCUUAGAAACAUUUGGAACAUUAUGGAUUUCUUCGUUGUAGUAACAGGAUCGAUGACAAUAUUUUUCGAGAGCAACGUCGAAGUGGACCUGAGGAUGCUGAGAUCUUUCCGUGUGCUGCGCCCCCUCAAAUUAGUUUCCCGCAUACCAAGUAAGAUUGCGUUCGUCACGCAGUUCGUGGACACUCACGAAAAAGUCGAUCUGCGGACGUUGCGGGCCAUCCGGGUGCUUCGGCCACUGAAACUCGUGUCCGGUAUACCGAGUCUCCAGGUGGUGUUGAAGUCCAUUAUUAAGGCAAUGGCCCCUCUGCUGCAGAUCGGAUUGCUUGUAUUAUUCGCUAUUGUUAUUUUCGCCAUUAUCGGCCUUGAGUUUUACUCGGGCGCGUUGCACAAGAGCUGUUACAGCAUAUCCGAUAUCACUAAAAUAAUAAAGGACGGCGAAACGGAAACUCCGUGCCAUCCUGAGAACGACGACAGACUGAGGCCGUCCGGAGCGCACGCCUGCCAGAACGAUUCCACGUGCAUAGAGCAAUGGACGGGGCCAAAUUUCGGGAUCACGUCUUUCGAUAACAUCGGUUUCGCCAUGCUGACGGUCUUCCAAUGCAUCACCAUGGAGGGCUGGACGAACAUACUGUACUGGACGAACGAUGCCUUAGGUAGUAAUGCGAAUUGGCUAUACUUCGUACCGCUCAUCGUACUGGGAUCAUUUUUUAUGCUCAAUCUAGUUCUCGGUGUGUUGAGCGGUGAAUUUGCAAAAGAAAGAGAAAAAGUAGAGAACCGACAAGAAUUUUUAAAAUUACGAAGGCAACAGCAAUUAGAACGAGAACUCAACGGCUACGUGGAGUGGAUAUGCAAAGCGGAGGAAGUAAUAUUAGCUGAAGAACGUACUACAUCAGAAGAAAAAAUACACAUAAUGGAAUCUCGAAGAAGAACUGCAGCCAAAAGAAAAAAAAUGAAGAAACUAGGGAAAAGUAAAAGCACAGACACUGAAGAAGAAGAACCUGAAGAUGAAAGCGCUGAAGGUGAUGACGGUUUCGGUAGGUCUGGUUACCUCCGCAGCGUCAGAGAUCGCGGAAAAUGCGCUGAUUUUUGGCGGGCGGAAAAGCGAUUUCGUUUCUGGAUUCGCAAAACUGUGAAAGCCCAGUGGUUCUACUGGUUCGUCAUAGUGUUAGUGUUUUUCAAUACAGUCUGCGUUGCCGUCGAGCAUUACGGACAGCCCGAAUGGCUAACGCAAUUUUUAU